CUAACACUUUCUAUUUCUCUAUCCCCUCUGUCUCUAUCUCGCAUCCGCGCAUUCCGCAGCGAUUCGAAGAAAUGGAAUCUGCAGCUGUAACGAGCUUUUGCACCAAAUCUAUCUCAUCCCAGUCGUCUUGUCCCGGCUUAUUGUUUGGGAGAAAAAGUAGUAUUGGCAGCUCUCAGUGUAGGUUUAUGGUAGGAAAGAGGGUAAACUUUCCUCAACAGAAGGCUCAACAAUAUAGAGUUUUUCCAAAAUCCAGUGCACAUGGUGGAGCUCUUGGUGCAGUGUGUCAAGGUGAUAAAAUCUUGGUGGCAAACAGAGGGGAAAUUGCAGUGCGUGUAAUUCGUACUGCUCAUGAGAUGGGGAUUCCUUGUGUUGCAGUUUAUUCAACUAUAGACAAAGAUACCCUUCACGUGAAGCUUGCAGAUGAGUCUGUAUGCAUAGGUGAAGCACCUAGCAAUCAAUCGUACUUGUUGAUGCACAAUGUCUUAGCUGCCGCUACAAGCCGUAAAUGCACUAUGCUGCAUCCAGGCUAUGGUUUUCUUUCUGAGAAUGCUGCUUUUGUUGAUAUAUGCAAAGAACACGGAGUCAACUUCAUUGGGCCAAAUCCAGAUAGUAUAAGAGUCAUGGGUGAUAAGUCAACUGCUAGAGAUACAAUGAAAAAUGCGGGUGUCCCAACUGUACCAGGAAGUGAUGGAUUGUUACAGAGCACUGAGGAAGCAGUCAAGCUUGCUGAUGGGAUUGGUUUUCCUGUAAUGAUUAAGGCUACUGCUGGCGGUGGUGGGCGUGGAAUGCGUCUUGCUAAAGAACGCGAUGAGUUUGUUAAGUUUUUACAGCAAGCUAAAAGUGAGGCGGCAGCUGCAUUUGGAAAUGAUGGUGUGUAUCUGGAGAAGUACAUUCAAAAUCCUAGGCAUAUAGAAUUCCAGGUUUUGGCUGACAAGUAUGGUAACGUAGUACACUUCGGGGAGCGUGAUUGCAGCAUUCAGAGAAGAAACCAAAAGUUGCUGGAAGAAGCACCUUCCCCUGCAUUGACACCAGAGCUAAGGAAGGCUAUGGGUGAUGCAGCAGUUGCAGCAGCAGCAUCCAUAGGUUACGUAGGGGUUGGUACGGUCGAGUUCCUUCUGGAUGAAAGAGGAUCUUUUUACUUUAUGGAGAUGAAUACUAGAAUUCAGGUAGAGCACCCUGUUACAGAAAUGAUUUCAUCUGUCGAUCUAAUAGAAGAACAGAUCCGAGUAGCAAGGGGAGAAAAACUUCGCUACAAACAGGAAGAUAUUGUGCUAAGAGGACAUUCAAUUGAAUGCCGAAUUAAUGCAGAAGACGCUUUUAAAAAUUUCAGACCUGGGCCAGGGAGAAUAACUGCAUAUUUGCCAGCUGGAGGUCCAUUUGUGCGCAUGGAUAGCCAUGUUUAUACUGAUUAUGUGGUACCACCAAGCUAUGAUUCUCUACUUGGAAAGCUCAUUGUAUGGGCUCCAACACGUGAGAGGGCUAUUCAACGCAUGAAAAGAGCACUUAAUGACACUAUCAUAACAGGUGUUCCAACAACAAUUGAUUAUCACAAACUUAUCCUUGAUGUUGAGGAUUUCAAAAAUGGGAAAGUUGAUACAGCCUUUAUUCCAAAGCAUGAAGAUGAAUUAGCCAGUCCACCGUCCCAGAUACAGCCAAAGGCAAAGCCAAACCCAAAACUAAAAGUACUUGCUCCCAUUGAAAAAGAGAUGGUGAAGGCUAAUGCUUGAAACUUUUUUCUCCUUGUAUUGAAUUAGAGUAUAAUGAUUUUCCAUUCCUCAGACAUUGCAGCUUAUUAUUAAUUAUAAUGAGAUCAGAACAACGGGAUCGCGUUUUCCAAAAUGGGGGUCUUUUGAUAUCCUUCUGUGUGGAUAUGCAUGUCUUUUUUAAGCGGGUGAGAAGGUAUUAAAUUUCUUGUGAAAAUCACGAGUCUUUACAGUGGCAGGGUAGGGUACCCCUUUGGCCCUCUCCAAAUUUUGACUAGAAUAAGUCCGUCAAAUUGUCACAACUACCAGCUCAAAUUGGCACCCAUAUAUGUAUGAGGAUCACUAAUGUAUGACUCACGUGAUGGUGACGCUGUACUAAAAGAUAUUUCUUCCGUCUCAUAAUGUAAAAACAUACACG